AUGGAGUUCCAAGUAAGGGACUACGUUUUUCUCCAAGUUUCAUCAUUGAAAGGAUUAAAACAGUUUGGGAAGAAGGGCAAGUUGAGCCCUAUGUUUGUGGGACCUUUUUUGAUCCUAGAGACUAUUGGACAUGUAGCUUAUAGAUUGGCUUUUCCCCCAUCCCUGUCAGGAUUUCAUGAUGUAUUCCAUGUAUCGACGCUUCAGAAAUUAUCCUACGAAGAGCAACCGGUUCACAUAUUUGAUAAGAAGGACAAAGUCUUGAGGAACAAAACUAUUCCAUUAGUUAAAGUGCUAUGGAGGAACAACAAAGUGGAAGAAGCGACUUGGGAAUUAGAGUUGGAUAUGCGAGAAAACUAUCCAGAGUUGUUCAGGUAA